AUGCACGCUUCGCUAGAGAUCGUGCACGAGCGGGCGCAUCCGCGGCACCGCAAGUAUAGGACGGAGGAGGAGCGCAAACAAGCGGAGGCAGAACGACAGAAGCAGGUUGCGCAGAGGAUCUCAAGUCUGGUUGCUCAGCUCCUCGCUCCCUUGACGCCCCUCUUCUCCCUGCCUGGCCUUACCGAGCAUUGGUACGUUAGGCGAGAUGCGUCCGGCUUCAUCACGGAGUCGAAACCCGACCCGCCCCUCAUCAUCGCCGCCGGCGCCGUCACCCUGACCGUCGCCAUCCUCGCCAAUCUCUCCAUCCUCAGCCGCCUCGUCGACACUCAACCACGAUUCUUCACGUUCUCAACCAUCUUUCUCCUCUCCGUCCACUGCGUCGUCAACCUCGUCGCCCUCUCCGUGUUUGGCGCGGAGCACGCAAAGCCGGAUGGAUACUACCUCUCCACGGCGUUCUGGCUGUCCGCGGCGAGCGGCUGCGUCGCGCUCGUCAGCAUCGUCGCCCUCAUCAUCGAUGGCGCCCUGACAAAGUGGUAUCACGAGGGCGGAAUCGGCGUCACAAACAAGCAGCGAUCGCUCAUCGUUUGCUUCGACACUUUCGUCUUUCUGCUCCUCAUCGGCUCGGUGUGCUACCGGUACCUCAUCACCGGGGCCACGUACCUCGACACGAUCUACUUCUGCAUUCAGUCGUUCCUCACGGUCGGAUUCGGCGACGUCACGCUCAACACGACUGGCAGCCAAAUCUUCUCUCUCUUCCUCAACACCGUCGGCAUACUCAAUUUCGCCCUCCUCGUCACCUUCACUCGCGCAACUGCGUUGGAGGCAAUGGAGGAGCAGUACAAGACGCAGGAGCGCAUCAUCGCUUCUCGCUUGCGCAACCGCGGAGCAGGAUCGAGGCUCUUUGCCGACGUUCUCUCCUUCAUCACCUGCGGCCUUGUUCACUCGCGGGAGCAGCAAGAGGAGGAGCAGGACGCGGAGGACGAGCGACACGAAGAGGAAGAGCACGGCUCGGACGAUGGGAAGAAGGACGAGCAGGGCGAUCAGCGGCGCUACGAGGACGCCAUCAUCGAGCUGCGGAAGGAGCGCGACCGCGAGUUCAGGUCGCAAGUCGUUGUCGCCUUCUCGCUCUUCCUCAUCUUUUGGCUCGUCGGCGCUGCGGCGUUCGCCAAGCUCGAAGGAUGGAGCUACUGGAUCGGGUUUUAUUUUGUGUAUGUCAUGGCAACGAGUAUCGGAUACGGCGACUACUCCCCGCAGACCCAGGGAGGCCGCGCCUUCUUCUGCGUAUGGGCGAUCGGCGGCGCAGGCGUCUUGACCGUUCUCUUCAGUAUCCUCGCCGACGCCUACUCGCAGCGCUUCAAGAAGAUCUUCCGGCACAACAUCAUCAGCACGGCCUUCUUCGCGAUCUUCGGCCACCCACCUUCGCACGACCCCGACUCAGAUUUUAAAGACGGAGACGCCGAGUCGCAUUCGCAUCCAAAGAUGUCGGGCUUGCCGUUGCCGCCUUCGUCGAAGGAUGGCUCGAAGGACGAGGUGUGUGUAUUGCCGCCGAGUGCAUCGGAGGAGGAUGUGAGGAUGAGCCGGGAGGGAGAGGAGAAGAAAGGUGCGGGUGUGGAGGAGCGGAAGGGUCGGAAGGAGGGGGACGAGGACUGCGGAAGCGAGGUGGAGGACAAGGACGGAGCGGCGAAGAAGGAGCGCGAGCUAGGCAUCAAGUUGCUCGAUUUGCUGGGCGAUACGAAGCGCCAUCUCGACCACUUGAUCAUCUCGGACUCGGACGCGAAGGACAAGCAGGUCAACCGGGUGGUGCGGUCGUUGAUGCAAAAAGAGAACUUUUCUCGCUCGAACUGGGAGCACGUCGAGAAGAACCAAGACUUCAAGGAGUUCCUCUACCUCCGCAGCCUGCAAGCCAAGCUCGCCGAACUCGAACGCCUCGCGCAACGCGCCGUCGGAUCCUCUCAAGAUGCGCAGGAAUCGAAGCCGAGCGGGUCAGGCGCAGACCAGGAGAAGCGCGGUGAGGAGGUGCAGAACGAGUCGGGGUCGGCAGAGGGCGGGAAGAGCGGGAAGGAGAAGGACGUGAGGGGUCAGGCGGAGGAGAGGAACGAGAAUACGAAGGGGAAGGAUCCGGAGGGAGCGGAGUCGGAGAAUAGCUGGGUUGGGACGUAG